AUGGCGCUUGACGGAUCGAACGGCUUCUCUGCCAUGGCGUCGGUAGCGAACGGCGUCCCCGACCUGGCCGACGAGGUAGCCUUGCCCAUCUUCGACGUCGAGCGCGUGCAGCUGCAGUUCAGCAUCGCCGCCGACUUUGUCGCCGCCCAGGUCGCAAACAACGUGCUGGUCCUGGCCCUCUCCAAUGGCCGCAUCCUGCGCAUCGACCUCAACCGACCCGAGGACAUUGACGACAUCGACCUGCCCAAGAAGCCGUCCGAGGUCGGCGUCAUCCGCCGCCUGUUCCUCGACCCCACGGCCUCGCAUCUCCUGGUCUGCACGAGCCUCGGCGAGAACUACUACCUACAUUCCCAGUCGCGCCAGCCGCGGCCCCUAAGCCGCCUGCGCGGUGUCAGUAUCGAGUCCAUUGCCUGGAACCCGUCACUGCCAACCGCCUCGACCCGAGAGAUAUUAGUUGGCGCCAGCGAUGGCAACAUAUACGAAACCUUCAUCGAGAGCACCAAUGAGUUCUACAGGAAGGAGGAGAAGUAUCUCAAAAAUCUCCAGAAGUUACCGGAUGGCCCCGUCACGGGCCUCUGGGUGGACAACCUGGGAGGCAAGGCAGACCUCAGGAGAGUGCUCAUCAGCACCCAGAGCAGGUUGUUCCACAUGGUUGGCAAAGUUGGCCGAAGUCAUCACGAGGGCAGCGGCUCUAUUUAUACCAAGUUAUUCGACGCCGAACAGCCUACAAUCCACGAGUUGUCCCGCGGCUCCGGCGCCGCACCCUCGGGGCUAGCUAUUACGCCAGACGCGCCAGAUGCAAAAUCAUAUGACGACGCAGCCGAUGACCGUGCUUUUGCGUGGCUAUCCUCUCAUGGAAUUUACCACGGAAAGCUGCUCACAGUGCCGGCUACGUCAGACCUAGGUGUCAAGGUCUAUGGAGACUCUAAGCUGCUGCCUAGGGCGCAAGUGGUGUCAACUGACGCUACCUCUCGGAAGAAGACAGCAGGGGAUUUCAUUGACACGUCCAUUUUGACCCAGUGGCAUAUUGUCAGUCUGGUCGGCGGAAGGGUUGUCGCGGCAAACCGAUUGACUGGGUCCAUCGUUUACGACCAAGUCGUUCUCGACCAGGGCCAAAAGGGACUCGGCCUGUAUGUCGACCAACAGAAGAAUACUUUCUGGCUCUUCACCGCCCAGGAAAUCUUUGAGAUCGUGGUCAGAGACGAAGACCGGGAUAUAUGGCGCAUAAUGCUUGAGAGGCAGCAGUUCGACCAGGCUUUGCAAUAUGCUCACACCGCAAGCCAAAAAGACGUAAUCGCAAUGGCUUCUGGAGACUAUCUCGCAUCCAAAGGCCAGUAUGUCGAAGCGGCCGGCGUCUAUGGAAAAAGCAGCAAGCCGUUCGAGGAGGUAGCCCUCGCGUUUAUUGACAACAACCAGAGUGAUGCUUUGCGCCAAUAUCUGCUGACAAAGCUUACGACGUACAAGAAAGCAUCAAUCAUGCAGAGGAUGAUGAUCGCCACCUGGCUGGUCGAGAUAUUCAUGGCAAAGCUGAACUCUCUCGAGGACACGAUCAAGACGGAAGCAGAGCUCGUCGAAAAUCUGAGCACAGAUCAGUCAAAGGAGCAAUUGAGUACCAUCAGAGGAGAAUUCCAAACUUUUGUCACCAAACACAAGUCGGAUCUGGACCGGAAAACAAUAUACGACGUCAUCAGCAGCCAUGCCAGAGAGGAAGAGCUUUUGUUUUUCGCGAACGCUGUGAAUGACUACAACUAUGUCCUAUCUUACUGGGUGCAAAGGGAGCGGUGGUCUGAAACCCUGAACGUCUUGAAGAAGCAGACGGACCCAGAAGUGUUCUAUCGGUACAGCAGUGUCUUGAUGACGCAUGUCGGCCACGAACUGGUUGAGAUCAUGACAAGACACCCGAAUCUUAAGCCAAGGAAUAUAAUACCGGCACUUCUUGAUUAUGACCGAAACUUCUCGGGAUCGCUCUUGCAAAACCAAGCCAUCCGGUACCUUCAGUUUGCUAUCAACCAGCUCCACUCAACCGAUCCUGCCGUCCACAACACGCUCGUGUCGAUCUACGCAAAACAUCCAAACAAAGACGAGUCAGCUCUCUUAAGCUAUCUUGAGUCGCAGGGUGAAGAGCCCCGGUUUGACCCUGAUUUUGCUCUACGGUUAUGUAUCCAGCACAAGCGAACAUUGGCUUGUGUUCAUAUCUACACAAACAUGGGACAGUACGUUCAGGCUGUCGACCUGGCCUUGUCACAUAAUGAGAUAGAAUAUGCCUCCAUCAUCGCCGAUAGGCCUAUGGAUAAUCCGGCACUUCGCAAGAAGCUUUGGCUCGCUGUUGCACGCAAGGUUAUUUCCCAAUCCAAUGGCAUCAAGGCCGCUAUCGACUUCCUCAAGAGGUGCGACUUGCUGAAGAUUGAGGAUUUGAUUCCUUUCUUCCCAGACUUUGUCGUCAUCGAUGACUUCAAGGACGAGAUCUGCAAUGCGCUGGAGGAUUAUAGCCGUAACAUUGAUGGGCUCAAGAAGGAGAUGGAUGAAAGCUCACAGACAGCGGCAAACAUAAAGAUUGACAUUGCUGCUCUCGAUCAUCGUUACGCCAUUGUCGAGCCCGGGGAGAAAUGCUACGUCUGCGGGCUGCCGCUUCUCAGCAGGCAAUUCUUUGUGUUUCCCUGCCAACAUGCCUUCCAUUCUGACUGUCUAGGAAAGAAAGUGCUUGAACAGGCGGGUGUUGGUAAAAGCAAGAGGAUCAAGGAGUGCCAGAUCCAAAUCAGUAAGGGCCUCGUCAGUGGUGCCAAGAAGGAUGCCAUGGUCGCGGAGUUGGAUGCACUUGUGGCGUCUGCUUGUAUUCUAUGCAGCGAAUUCGCAAUCAAGCGUAUUGAUGAGCCCUUCAUCGCUGCCGAUGAUGACAGGAAUGAAUGGGCAAUAUAG